CGGGAAAGGAUGCUGGACGUGGCGGGGCAGGAUCGGCUACGCAGUAUCCUACCCCACCACUACGCCAUGAAUUCGUGGUCGGGAACGGUUACCAGCCUCAACCCCGCCAGGAGUUGAUAUGCGGAUUACAUCUUUCUGCAAGGGUUACCAAGAAGGAUGGAAGUUUAUUGUUGCUCUUCUGAGACAAGACAAUCCCAAAAUUACGACGGCAACAAAUUCCUGACUUGAAACCAUGUCACCAACUCUUGAGGUCAAUUUGGAUACAGAAAUACACCGUUCUGUCAGUAGCAAAGUCAAUUCUACCCAAAAAACAGAAAAUCUCAUCCAAGAACCAAUCCAUCCUACGCGAUCAUUACAAUUCCUGCGAAACUCGAGCUCAGAAUACAACAAUGAUGCAUGCUCCCUGCAAGCAAAAGUGAGACUACGAAUCAUCGUAGUGGGAGCCGGACUUGGUGGUUUGGCGUGUGCGAUUGCACUUGCAAGACGUGGCCAUACCAUUACAGUAUUGGAGCAAGCGAACCAGCUUGGUGAGGUUGGAGCCGGCAUCCAAAUCCCUCCAAACUCAUCCCGCCUACUGCAUUCAUGGGGACUACAGCCUUUCCUCAAGUCUGCAGUCGUGGAGCCGGAUGGGAUGACAUUUCGCCGCUGGCUUGACGGAAAAGUGAUUGGCUACACAAAGCUUGUUCCUCAAUUCCGAGAGAAUUUCCAUGCGCCAUACUAUGUUAUUCAUAGGGCGCACUUUCAUGAUGCUCUGUACCGCAAAGCGUUGGAGUUAGGCGUGCAAGUCAAGGUUGCCAGCAGAGUCGAGAAAUAUGACAUUGAAGCACCAAGUGUCGAGUUGGCGAGCGGCGACAUCCUCAAAGCUGACCUCAUCGUCGCGGCCGAUGGAGUGAAGUCAGUCGCUAGGAAGUUUGUGCUCGGAGGCAACGAUAUACCACCUGAAAGGACUGGCUUUGCCGCAUACCGUGCGACCGUAGACGCUGCGAAGAUCAAGGACGACCCCGAAAUCUCCUGGCUCCUGGAGAAGCCCUCGGUUAACAUCUGGAUAGGGGAGGAUCGACACGUGAUGACAUACACAAUUGCAGCUGGAGAGUCGUUCAACAUGGUUCUCUCUCACGUUGAUACGUCCGACCCUGCCACCUGGAAGCCAGAAAAGGCACUCAAAGACAUGCAAGAUUAUUUUACAGGGUGGGAUCCACGUCUUACCAAGAUCAUUGCCAUGAUAGACAAGACAAUAAAAUGGCCUCUGCUCAGCGGGAAGUCUCUCCCGCGAUGGGUGACACCGAGCAGCAAAGUCUUGAUUAUGGGGGAUGCAGCACACGCCAUGGUGCCGUACAUGUCUCAAGGAGCUGCUAUGGCGGUAGAGGAUGGGGCUGCUCUGGCCACCGUGCUUUCGCUCAUCGAUACAGCAGAAGAUAUUCCAGCAGCCCUCAUGGCGUUUGAGACAGUGAGGAUGAAGCGGUCCGGACAAAUGCAAGCUGCUAGUCUUUUGAAUGGCAAGCUAUGGCACUUUCCUGAUGGACCAGAACAGAUAUUGAGGGAUGAAUCUAUGAAGGCGGAGGUGGAGGGUCGAAGUUUCUCUUGGAGUGCUAAUCAGUGGAGUGAUCCAGUGACUCAGUGGUGGGCUUAUGGGUAUGAUGCUGAGAAGGAGGUGGAAGAUGAGUGGGAAAGGUGUCAGAAACACGUACGACCAGCUGUCAAGCUUUGAAUGUUGCUAGUCUGCAGUGAAAGUUUAUUUUGAUGCACGAUUCGCUAUACAUACUAUAUGUAGAGAAAUAUUCUGUGCAUAUGAUGGUGAAAUUGGAAUUUAAUACGCGA